UUGUCAGACAGAGAAUGUCUUUUGUGUGGUCAUGUUCCGGAGCUAUUUUUGCCGCAAUACUGGCAGUUAAUGGCCCCAAUUCAUUGCAACGCCCCCAGGCUCACCAACGGCCGCACAAUCCUGCUACUUUAGACGAGCCCUAUCUCACCCUAGCUAUAUUUUUAUUGUUGCUGCUCGAGGGAAGUAAUAAUUACUAUUAAAUAGAGGGAUUUACUAAGAUAAAAGUUAUAAUAAAACUCAAAUAAGGAUAGAAAUUUAGAAAAGUUCUAUACCAGAGCAAAAGUCACUGGGGCAAAAUGUGUAGAGGUUGACGGCAGUUACGGGGUGUGUCUGCAACUAGGCCCCAGUUCACUUGACCUCAUCAAUCAAAGUCCUUUGCCCUUUGUGUUGCUCUGCUCUGUUGUUCCCCUGAGCUUUGAAAAGCCAAAGACACUCUUCAUCUUGUAUUUGCUUUUCUUUUUAGUCGCCUUUCGUUCGCCUCCUGGGAGUGCCUUCAUAUCAUUUCUGGCAAAACAAGAUCUUUUCAGUACGUGACCUUUACACAUUCCUGACUUAGUAACCCCUCCCCCCCACCCCCCCCUUUUUUAGGUGGGGCUUUUGUACAGUGUAUACACUCUUUGUGAUGUGAGAAUGGGGGUGUGGCUUGGAACACUUUAAAACGGAAGCUUUCUGCAAACGCUCACACGGCAAACUGCGGCCGAAGAAAUGGCAACCAAAGCGGUCAGCGUGCUCAUCACCGGAGCCAACAGAGGCCUCGGCCUGGAAAUGGUAAAGCAACUGGUGGAGGCGUCCCGUGACGUGAGGAAGCUGUUCGCCUGCUGCAGGGACCCAGAUGGACCACGAGCCGAGGCCUUGCAAACACUGGCAAAGAAGCAUCCCGACGUCAUCGCCGUCGUCCGUCUGGACGCAACUGACCUCUGUAGCAUCAAACAGUGUGCACAGCAGGUGGGCUCCGUGGUCGGGACGGGGGGCCUCAACCUGCUGAUCAACAACGCGGCCGUGGCGGUUCGAACCACCAUGCAGGAAACCACUCCUGAGGAGCUGCAGCACAUGUUCAGCACCAACGUCAUGGGCCCCAUGAACAUCAUCAAAGAGUUCCUGCCUCACCUCCGUGCUGCGGCGAAGGCCAGCGGGACGCCCGGGAUGUCCAGCUGCAAGGCAGCCAUCGUCAACAUCUCCUCCAUCCUCGGUUCAAUCGAGGGCGCAAAGGAGUCUUACGCCACCUACCCUUGUUUCUCCUACCGCGUCAGCAAAGCGGCUUUGAACAUGCUGACCCUGUGCGCCUCAGAGGAACUGAAGAAGGAUGAGAUCCUGCUGUCCGUGCUGCACCCUGGGUGGGUGCGCACAGACAUGGGCGGAGAAGAGGGGGAGAUCGACGCUACGGAGAGUGUGCGGGGGCUGCUCGGGGUGAUGGCCUCUCUCACGGAGAAGCAGAACGGAGGCUUCCUGGACUGGAAGGGCAGGUCCAUCCCCUGGUAGCUUUGAAGCGCCCGCUUCAAAAACUGCACUCAAUCACUAAAUAAACCAGUACUUCUUGUCAUGACUUUGUCGUGCUCAUUUUUACACAGAAUCCUGCUCUUAAAUAGGAAAUAAACUUCUGUGCUCAA